AUGCUUUUCUCAAAGGCAGCAAUCCUCAAUGGGACUGUGUCCCUGUGUGUUUGUACACAGGAGCAGCUGGAGGAGAGGCGGGCAGAAAUCCACAAGAGAAUCCAGGAGAGACUGAAGGAUCUGGAGGAGCUGAAACAGGCUGUGGAGUCACUCAAGAGUUCAGCGUGCAGAGAAAGGGAGGAAAGCCAUCUGAUUUUCACCCAGCUGAUCCGCUCCAUUCAGCAGAAACAAGCAGAAGUGACAGCGCUGAUCACAGCGAAAGAGAAGGCUGCCGUGAGUCAGGCUGAAGAGCGCAUGGAACAAGUGGAGCAGGAAAUCACUGAGCUGAAGAGGAGAGAUGCUGAGAUGGAGCAGCUUUCAAAGACAGAGGAUCACAUCCAUUUUCUACAGAAUUGCCAGUCUCUCUGUGCCCCUCCUGAAUCUGGCUACUUACCCAGCGUUACUGUCAAUACAGAUGUCACUUUUGAGGCUGUGAGGAAAGCUGUGUCUGAACUUAAAGGCAAACUGGAGGACAUCUGGAAGAGAGAGUUUGAGAGAAUCACUGAAAAAGUGAAUGAAGUUUGUCUGUGGGAACCAAAGAACAGAGCUGAGCUUUUACAAUGUAAGUCUGUUUUUACUGGAGCAUUUCAUUGA